CCCAUCAAAAGAAGAAGAUUUAUUUCCGGAAUAAACAAGGGCAUGUGUUAAAAAAUGGUCCUUGAGCAAGUUAGUGACUCUAGUCUUUAAAGCCGUUAUGUCUGUCACUGCUUUAGGAUUUAUGGACAGCCGUUAGAAGUUUAAUUUAAAUAGAAACGGUUAAAAACUGGCAAUAUGGCGGCUUCCGCUCAUGUCUCCUCAGUCCGGUCCUUGUACAAGAGGAUCCUGGUCCUGCACCGGUUCCUGCCGAUAGAUCUAAGAGCCCUCGGUGAUCAGUAUGUGAAAGACGAGUUCAGACGACACAAACGUGCAACACCUGAAGAAGUCAGCAGCUUCAUGAUAGAGUGGAAGAACUACAAGGACACCCUGCAGACUCAGGUACUUCAGUCAGCGGGGGGGCAACUCAGCUCGAAGAAUUUCGGGGCCAAUCUGUCAGAGGAGAAACUCAGCGACUUCCAGGACGACCAGAUAGGCCAACUGUACGAACUCAUGCUGGAAUCCUCCAAAUCCACCAGACAGUUUGACAUCCAGGAGGAAAGCAAGUGAAGCAGCGACUAAAGAAACGAGCCCGGACAAACGAGAAAACAGAAGGUGCGACGAUAAACUCAGGCCACUAAUGUUACCUACGAGUGCUUCAGAGUAAAAGUGGUACUCAAAGGCAGAGUAGAGGCUUUUAUAUUUGAUUAUAUCAAAGUGCUGUGUAAUAGUGCUGUGUUCCUGUGCUUGUCUUUUAACUGUGACAAUAAAAAGAGCUUCCUCUUGCUCCUCCACAGGUGCAUUAAGGUGGCACUAAUUAGUU